AUGCGAGACCAGCAGGAUGCACAAGAAAAAGGCCUGGCCACGGAUGGGAGCACCAUGACUCCGAACACAGACGACACAGCCUCUAGCAUCAUCCAAGAUGUUCCCAUAUCCGAUAACCCAACGUUCCACACGACCAAAACUUCUAUUGACUCUCAUGAGAUCGAAUAUCGCUAUUUGACCUUCCAAUCAGACAUUCCCCUGACUCCCAUCUUCCCACCCGACUUCAAGGGACAAGUACCACCAUGUCCGAACCUACGUGACUACGAGGAUCCUUUCACCUGGUCGCUGACCCGCAAGAGAUUGAUGACAUAUCUUUCAUGCUCUGUCAAUAUCACCGCUUCCUAUUCGGCAGGCUCAUACUCUUCGCCAGAGUACAUACUCAGCGAGAAAUGGGGCGUGUCCCGGGUCGCCUACAACGUCGGCAUCACCAUCUUCACGUUGGGUUUCGGACUGGCUCCGAUGGUACUGGCACCCUUCUCCGAGAUCAAUGGCCGAAGACCAGUGUUCAUCGCCACCGGCUUCCUGUUUGUCAUCUGCCAGCUCUCUUGCGCGCUCACCGACUCCUAUGCCGGAAUGCUUCUAGCACGGUUCUUCUUGGGCGUCGGGGGCUCGACGUUCGCCACGAUGGUUGGCGGAAUCCUGGCCGAUGUCUGGGAAACAGCUGAGCGAAACACGGCCAUGGCCCUGUUCACCGGCGCGACCAUGCUCGGAACAGGUCUGGGACCUCUGGUCAGCGGCUUCGUCGCCCAGCGUCUAUUGUGGCGCUGGGUCUUCUGGAUCCAAGUCAUCACCAGCGGCACGAUGGUCUCGCUAGUGGCCAUCUUCUUCAAGGAGACGAGAGGCAGUAUCAUCCUCAGCCACAAAGCAAAGAUCCUCAACAAAUGGUACAAGAAGCUCGAAGACGCCGGCGCUCUCGGCAUGCAAGUCGACGAGACCGAUCCAGAAAAGACGACCCUCCACAACGCAUGCCGCAUCCGCUGGAAGGUCCAGACAGACGAGGACAGAUCUUCUCUCGGCAAGAUGAUCGCCGUCUCGCUAUACCGCCCGUUCCAUAUGCUGUUCACCGAGCCUGUUGUGUUCUGGUUCAGCUUGUGGGUCGCAUUCUCCUGGGCUGUCUUGUACAUCCAGUUCGGAUCCAUCCCGUUGGUGUUCGAGGCCAACCACGGCUUCACGCUCGAACAGACAGGCGCUGUGUUCGCCGCCGUCUGUUCCGGGGGCGUCAUCGCGACUUUCCUCAGCAUCCUCCAAGAAAAAUGGGCCGUGAGACGCUACCCCGUCAAAAUCAACGGCAGUCCCGAAGGCCGGCUGUUGUUCUCGUGCAUCGAAUCCCCGCUCAUGCCCAUCGGCCUGUUCUGGUUCGGAUGGACCUGUUACUCGUCCAUUCACUGGAUCGUGCCGACUUUGGCCCUUGGCGUCGCUACCAUGGGCAUCUUCAGCAUAUACCUUGCCACAUUCAACUAUAUUGCCGACGUCUACCAUGUCUACGCCAGUUCUGCGCUCGCGGCGAACGGACUCUGUCGGAACCUCCUGGGUGGUUUCUUUCCACUGGUUACCGUGCAGAUGUUUGACGGCUUGGGAUUCCAAGCCGCGAGUAGUCUGUUGGGCGGUAUCGGUGCGGUCUUGACGCUGGUGCCGUGGAUUUUGGCUUUAUAUGGUCCCAAGAUCAGAGCCAGGAGUAAGAUCGCUAGUUCUUUUACGCCGCCUGGAUCUUAG